CGUUUUCCCAAACUAUUCCAACCCAUUUACAUUUUUUAAUACCACAGUUCUCUGUUUAUAAACCCAGGAUCCCCCCUUUGCGUGUCGGUCAAACUCACCCUCCAUUCCCAACGAAACGUCCGAAUUUCAAUAACGGUCCAUCAUCUGAUUUGUAACAAUGUCUGACGAACUCUCUCCCGCUGCCCAAUUCGCCGCCGCUGCCGCUCAGGCAGCUCAGGCGGAGGCCGAGGCUCAGUCUCUGUUUGUGUCUGCCGUGCCUGCUGCUGUCGAAGCCGCCGACAACGCCACUGAUGAAGACGAUGCCUCUGCCCUUCCCGUUGUUGUUCCCGACACGGUCAGCGCAUGGCCCGCUACUGCUUCUGCCAUCGAUGUCGAUAAUUCUGCUGCUCUUGAUGGUGUCCCUGCCCAGGAUGAUGCCGUUUCCAACGACGAAGUCACUGAGCACUCAUCGCCCGAUAUUGCCGGCGCUGUUAUCACCGAAGGCGAUGUUGCGGAGCCCGCCGCCAUUACCAACAUGUUUAUCAAUGCUAAUGUCGCCGAUUUUACUACACCUACUGCUAUUUCGAACGUUUUCGUGGAUGAUGGCCACGUAUCGGCUGCUGCUGCUUUCGAAAACGCCACCGCAGUGGACUCUGCUGUUGCCAGCACCUCUGGUGACCACGAUGACACCGAUAUCAACGAGGCCCCGAAGGUUGUCACCAAGGCACCGCGCAAGCCCAUUGAUCUGGCCGACGAGGAGCUCUUCCCCUCGCUUGGCAGCCCAGCCACAGCAACCACAUCUGUGUCGUGGGGUGCCAAGUCCUCGGCCAGUGCCGCCAGCGCCCAGUCGAUGGCAUACCAGCUGAAGCAGAACCAGGCCACCGAGGUUGUUGACUUGCCGAUGAUGCAGGACCCCGUGGGCGAUGUCGCGCGCAAGAUCAUGGAGACCACCAAGACGCGUAUCGAGAUCUCACACAACCGCGUGCUCAACACCUCGACGUACUUGAUCAGCGGUAAGCCCGAUGCUGUGGCGCGCGCCAAGCGCGAAAUCUGCACCAAGCUCUCCCCGCGCAUUACCAAGGUUGUGCAGGUGCCCGCCAUGGCACGCGCCCAGAUUGUCGGCGUCCGCGGAAAAACCCUUGCGGGCAUCCAGACACAGACCGGUACUUCAGUGACGCUGGGUAAGUACAACGACAGCGGUAGCGCGGACCUGUUUGAGCAGAUAGAUGUCAGCAUCACAGGUAGCCAUAUGGGCGUUGCCGCAGCCGUGGCUCAGAUUGAGGCUAUUGUAGACAAGCGCACAACGAAGCGGGCUGUCAAGCUGGCGGAGCUGCCGCGUGAGGCCAACGCCAUGCUGGUUGGCAAGGGUGGCGAUACCCUUAAGGCUCUGCAGGCCGCUCACCCCGGCGUGCAAAUCCGCAUCCCCGGCCCAAUUGAUGUCGAUCAGGCCAUUGGCGUGCUGGGCGAGCGCGAUGCCGUUCAGGCGGCUGUGGCCGAGAUCACCGAGACCGCUCGCCUGUUGAUGCAGGGCUCGCAGACUGUCACAGUCAGCAUUCCAAAGCGCCAGCACCGCUUCAUUGUCGGUGAUGGCGGCUCCACACUGCGCGAUAUUAUCGAGGCCACUGGAUGCAGCAUCAGCGUGCCGGCGCCACGCAACCCCUCAGACCAGGUCACCGUACGCGGUCCCGAAUCCAACCUGGUGCAGGCGCUGGGCCUGGUGAUGACCAAGGCCAAUUCCGUGGUUGUGCAGGUUGUCGACCCGACAACCAUCCACUCGUACCCCAGGCCCCUGCUCUACGCUCAGCGUGUGCUGCAGUACCUGAGCGAGCGCAACCGCUUCCUGCGCAUCGAGAGCGAGCACGGCGUGCAGCUGCGCGUGCCCUCGAACGCCCAGGCCCAGGCGGCCACAUCCCCUGCUCAGGUGCAGAUCGAGGUGCAGGGCAAGGACGCCCACGCAGUGGCGGCUGCCAGCCAGGCGCUGAUUGCGCUGCUGCAGGCAUUCCCGCCGUACCAUUUCAACGGCAUGGAUGUCGAGCCCCAUCUGCACGCUCUGCUGGCAGGCCCCGAUGGGUCCAAUCUGACGCGUCUGCACUCUGUCCGCUGUGUAUAUACGCUGUUCCCGCGCGACUCUGCAUCGUCAGCUAUCUUGGUCGUGUAUGAGGGCUUCAACCCCGACGUCGACCGCAUCACUGACCCAGCCGAGCGCGAGCGCGCCACCCGCGACCUGCUGCGCAAGACCCUGGAGGAGUUCCGGACCACUGUGCAAAGCGACGACACCUAUGUCACCAAGGUGGCUGCUGUGCCGGUCAAGCUGCAGGCUGUGCUGGCCGAGCCCGCCGCCCUAAAGUCCAUCAUGGAGAACGCCAAGGCCACCGGAGAUGGUGUCGGCCGCGUUGUUGUUCGCUUUGGCUCGGUGGCACCAUCAGCGGCCGAGCCCGAGAACACGCGUUUUGAGCGCAAGAAGCACGAAGCGCAGCUGCAACCCGAUGAGGUUGAGGUCAAGGGCUUGGCUACCGCUGUUGACCGUGUUAUUGCCGAGAUCUGCCGCCGUGUCGACGCUGCCACAGAGUACGAGAAGCUGCACUCGUUCCGCUCGGAGGUGACUGUGCCACAGGUCCUGCUGGCCCGCGUCAUUGGCCGCGGUGGUGAGAACCUCAAGCGCAUGCAGACCGAGCACAACGUCAGCAUUGACGUCUCUGACAGCACGGGCGGCGCCACUGGUUCGGUCAAGAUACAGGGUACUGAGACUGAUGUCAAUGCAGUGCGCAGCGAGAUUCUCGAGUUUGCCGAGAAGAUGGCUGACCAGACGUCCGAGAUUGUCAGCGUGGCAGCAAACAUCCAUCGUUCUUUGAUUGGUACCGGCGGCCGGUUUGUCAAGCGCCUGGAGGAGAAGUACGCUGUGCAGAUUAAGUUCCCCUCGUCGCGGUCGCGCAGCGACAAGCACGACGACGAGGACAGCGGUGCGCCAUUGGCGGCUGACCAGAUUCGCAUCCGCGGUGGGCGCAAGGGCGUUGAGGGUUCCAAGGCCGAGCUGCUGGAGCUGGCUGCCUACGAGCUUGAGCACAACCACACGGUAAAGUUCAAGGUACCCGCAGCCGCUCUCCCGCACAUUGUCGGUCGCGCCGGCUCGCACAUCAACGAGAUCAAGGACGAGAGCGAGACACGCAUUGAUCUGGGGGAGCCCACUGAUGGCGAGGUCGAGGUGACCCUGAUUGGUACGCGCGCAGGCACCAAGCUCGCCCGCGAGGCCAUCGAGGCGACUGUGCUUGAGCAGGAGUCGCAGGUGGACAUCACCAUCGAGGUUCCCACCAAGCACCACCGUUUCCUCAUUGGAGCUGGUGGCGGCCGUGUGCGCGAACUGGUGCAGCAGGCUGGCGGCGACCCCGACCUGAUGACCGGUACCGGCGCCUGCCGCGUGCAGUUCCCGCGUGCUUCGUCCGAGAGCACUGGCGAGGUCAAGCUGAAGGGUGACCGCGCGAUCGUUGAUGCUGUGCGCGCGCGCAUUGAGCAGCUGGUUGAGGAGCGCGAGAGAAUGGUCACUAUCCUCGUUCCCGUCCCCGUCUCUCAACACGCGUUUGUCAUUGGUCGCGGCGGUGCCAACCUCAAGCAGAUGCAGGAGGCCCAUUCGGUGGAGAUCUUCUUCCCGCGCGCCGCCAACCGCAACGCGCCCGCUGCCACUGCUGCUGCCGUCGCUGAGACCGAAAACUCUGCCGACGUGCGCAUCACUGGCUUGCCCGAAAACUGCGAGGCGUGCAAGGUCGCACUGCUGAAGCUUGUCCGCGAGGAGUCCACAAUUACCGUGCCUUUGGCUUUGCACCAGCGUCUGGGUGGGCGCCAGGGCUCGCUUUGGCGCCAGGUCCGGUCCGAUUAUGACGUCCAGGUUGAUGCCACGCGUGUCGACAAGGCACCGGUCCGUCGCGUUGAUCAGUCCGCCACUGUUACUGACCCCGAGAAUGCUGCUCCGGGCACCGUUGUGUACCGCGACAUUGAUUCUGAGCUUUCGGGUCUUACCGCCGACUGGAUUCUGCGCGGUGAGAAGAGCAAGCUGGCCGACGCGAUUGCUGUUGUCCAGAAGCAUGUGGGCGGCGAGGGUGGCGUAGAGGCGCGGGUGAGCGUCGAUCCCCGGAGCCAUCGCCAUAUUAUUGGCAAGCAAGGUGCGAAUAUCGCAAAGAUCCGCGAUAUGACUGGCUGCGUGGUGACGGUACCUCGCAAGGGCAACAGCUCGCACUGGGUCACCGUGGCCGGCGAGCGUGCGGCCAUUGCCAUGGCGCUUGACUUUAUCAGCCAGCUCAUUGAGGAGCGCGAUUAAUCAAUGCCUAUUUUAUUUAAUAUAUCGUAUUAAUUACAAUACAUAUAUUUAUGUAACAGUCUCGGCUAAAGUAGACAGCUGGUUCCAUGCGCCAAAAUAGAAGCAAUGCCAGGAUAGUGCAACACGCCGGAUUUAACUCACUACAUCAGUUUUUGUACAAUAAUAUUUCUCUUGUCAUCG